AUGUACUGGCCCGUCGGAGCGCCGAAUGUCUUUUCCCUGACAAAGCAUGCGAUUGCUGCCGCGAAGACCACAUCCUCCAAUGAUGGUCUAGAAGCACCGUUGAGCGAAAGCUCGACCGACCUGGGCGACGAUACCAAGGGCGAAACUAAGACAGAACGCAACAAGUCCCGCAGACAAGAUGGUGGAAUUGAGGGCAAGGGGAUGCAUACACCCGCCAAUGAUGAGAUAAUAGAUGCGAAGAUCUCACGCAGUGGCAAUAUCUUCAUUACCUUGACGGCAACCUCCUUGGUGGUGUGGCAGACCAGACCAACCGUGGCUUUGGCCAUCGUUCAGCGAUCACAGCAAUCCCUCAAAGCCUAUGGCCAGAGCACGGCGUUGCUGCUGAGGUCAGAUGCUCUGCUGAUAGUUGUCCAGACAGCUCUCGGCUAUCUGAUCACAUAUUCUAUGUCCACAGAUCCCAACACCAAGGUAUACCAGACACCUCUUCCAGAGACCAAUAGGCACGUGCGACGACCGAGCACCGAUGGUUACAGCAACCUCAGAAAGCAGAGCACCAUCACAGCUGCAAACACACCGGCGGAAGGAGAUGGCAUUCGUGAGAUCAAUGUGCGUUUUCGCAUGGUUAUACGCAUCGAUGCCGGCAUUGGCAAGGCUGUCGCGCUGGACGACGAGUUGGUCGUUGCAACAAAAAAGCCGGCCGCGCUGCAGUGCAUUCGAUGGAUCGCAGAAAGCGGGUCUUCGCAGACCAGCACGGAGCUCGUGAGCCGCAUGGAGUGGAUUGGUAAAAAGGUGGCGGUGACAGAUAUUGUUCAUGAUCGGCCCAUGAACCUGUUCACGUGGAUCACGAACGACGGCGCGGCAUACGCUGUUCAGCGAUGCAUCACAACUGGUGCGGAUGCCGAAGGGCCAAAAGGCCUUUUUCAAGGCUUCUGCUUCCGAGAUGCCGAAGGUAUCAAUGAAGCUGCAGUCAAGGUAGCCAUAAAUGCCCGCUUCUCCCUUAUCGCUGUUGGAACUGCCAUCGGACUCAUUGACGUGUACACCGUCAAAGACUAUACCGGCAAUAUCCCACUUUCCCACAAGAUACGUCUGCCUGUGGGCCCGAGCACUACGGGAAAAUUGACCGCGCUGAUAUAUUCGCCGGAUGGAUAUUGUUUAUUUGCAGGUUACGAAAAAGGCUGGGCACUGUGGACUGUGUACGGCAAACCUUGUGCAAACACUUUCAGCGCGGACUCCGUGCAGUCUGAGAACAACGAUGAGCGAUGGCUGCGCGGCAUCAAGUCUGCUUUCUGGGUUGGUGGUGGCUCUGAGCUUGCUUUGCUCCCGGUAUCUGACGAUCGGCUGUGGUUUCUCGAUAUGGCCAGGAACGCUUUGGCAGGGUGUUUCUCGCCUUCGAACAUAUCACGAGGUCUGCUGCAUUCCACUAAUAGCGUGAUGCUCUAUAAAGGCCAUGAUGUGCCCGACGUGACUUCUCUGCCUUCGGAUAUCUCGCUUUGGCAGACCAUUCAAGUACCGCAUCACUAUCUGGCCCAUCAAUGGCCCAUCAAAUCUGCAGUGGUAUCUCCGGAUGGACACUACAUAGCGGUUGCUGGCAAGCGAGGACUCGCGCAUUAUAGUGUCGCGAGCGGAAGAUGGAGAACGUUUGACGAUCCCCAGGCGGAGCAAGAGUUUGCAGUCAGAGGCGGCAUGUGCUGGCAUCAUCAUAUCCUAAUCGCUUCAGUGGAGGCCAACGGUCGAUAUGAAGUGCGACUUUAUUCUCGAGAAAAGGCACUGGAUUUUGCCCACGUCCAACACACUGAAAAGCUGUCUCAUGCUGCAAUCUCGACCAUCGUUUCCGGCGCAGACUCACUCCUGGUAUAUACAUAUGGCAACAUCCUGCUACACUAUAUUAUCGUCAUGGGAGGAUCGAGCCCGAAACUGGUUCAAGUCGGCCAAAUAGGGUUUCAUGGUAUCAUCCGGGCUCCACCGCGUGUGCGGACUAUCAGCUGGAUACUACCGGAAGACCAGCUGGAGCACGGUGACCCUUCCCAGGACGUUGCUACGGCAUCUGUCCUCUUCUUAGUAGAUGGUAAACUCGUCCUCCUCCAGCCAGCCACGAAUGAGUAUGGCGACCUGAAAUACGAUAUGCGCGUGAUCGUGCAGAACAUCGAAUUUUACAUGCUGCUGCGUGACCAGCCUAUCACGGUCGCCUCCUUGGAAGGCGGUAAUGAGGGCACAGACACACCUCCUGCAAACGGUCUGUCUUUGGACGAUCCUACAGGUCACAGCCUACGUGACUCACUGUGGUACUUCGACGGGAGCGGCUUCCACGUCUGGUCUGAUAUCCAGGACGUCCUGGCUCGCGCUCCUGCUGAACUCGGCCGAGAGCUACCUUCGGCAGUGGCGGUCCCGCUCGACUUCUCCCCUGUAUCUGCAGUAGUUGGUAAAGGCAUCGUUUCUGGCAUCGAGGCUGAUCUUGUUCAGAGAAGAGACGUGAACUUCAGCUUCUUCAGACAUGCGCCCAGGACUCAGCUCUUCCUGCCCCAGCUACUCCGUUACCAUUUGACCGAAUUCAACUCGCCGGCGGCUUUGCAUUUGUCAAAGUCAUAUCAGCAUCUACCUUACUUUGCGCACGCUCUAGAGGUCCUUCUGCAUGACGUGCUUGAUGCCGAAGUUGACACUCCGCCGGUGCCGCCCGAAACAGCACUGCUUCCAACCGUCCUCUCAUUCCUCUCCUCUUUCAGCUUCUACUUGGACGUUGUUUGCAAUUGUACGCGCAAGACCGAGCUGCGAAGCUGGCAGACACUGUUCUCGUACCUGCCCCCGGUCAUCGAGCUAUUUCAGCAAUCUUUGCUCAACGGGAAGCUCAACACUGCGGCAGGGUAUUUGCUAGUACUGCAUGCUUUCGAAGAGGGCUCUUUUCAAGUCCAUGAGUUUGCUUUACUCUUGCAGAGGGCCUCGGAGGAAAACGACUGGGAGCUUUGUAGGGAGUUGUCGCGCUUCCUGGUCGGUAUUGAUGCUUCUGGCAAAACUUUGGCUUCUGCAUUGGCUGCGGCAGGACUUAGAGAUGCCCCAAAUGGCAAGAAGGAGGACGCUUCGAGGAUUGAAGAUGUUCAGCGCCAAAGCGGCUCACCGAAUCACCGUGGUGCACAGGAUUGGCAACGUCGGAGAUCUCAGACGCAGGUUAACGGGCAAUGGCGAGGGGACUACUUCUCUCUGGAACAACGGCUGAUCAAUGAGCCUGACGUCAAGACAGAUACGAAUCUCAUGGGUUCAGAUGCGUGA